AUGGCCGAAAAUCCCGAUGUCCCCCAAAGCCAAAAGGCCUUCGUGCCAUUAGAAAACAACCCAGAAGUCAUGUCCCACCUGGUCCACCAACUAGGUCUUCCUCCCACCCUCGGCUUCACAGACGUCUACUCCAUUGACGAACCCGACCUCCUCGCCUUCGUGCCCCGCCCCUCCCACGCUCUUCUCCUCGUCUUCCCUGUCUCCGAAACCUACGAACAAUCCCGCCGUUCAGAAGACAGCUCCCUAGAAGACUACGCCGGCUCCGGCCCCUCCGAGCCCGUCAUGUGGUUCAAGCAAACCAUCCGCAACGCCUGCGGCCUGAUCGGCCUGCUCCACGCCGUCGCCAACGGCGAGACCCGCCAACACAUCACCGCCGGCUCUGAUCUAGACAAUCUCCUCCGCGAAGCAGAGGGUCUGAAGCCCAUUGCGCGAGCGGAUCUGCUGUACGAAAGCAGGGCGCUGGAAAGCGCGCAUGCGGACGCGGCGAAACUGGGCGAUACUGCGGCGCCGCAGGCAGAGGAUAAUGUUGAUUUACACUUUGUGGCGUUUGUCAAGGGGGUGGAUGGGACGUUGUGGGAGUUGGAUGGUCGGCGGAAGGGUCCGUUGGCUAGAGGACAGUUGGAGGCGGAUGAGGAUGCGUUGAGUGAGAAGGCGCUUUCAGUGGGAGUGCGUCGAUUCUUGAAGAUGGAGGCCGAAGGUGGGAAUCCGGACUUGAGGUUUAGCUUGGUGAGUCUGGGGCCGGUUUUUGAUUGA